AUGCAUUUUUCUACCGUGGCUCGUGGGACUGCCCUCCUGGCUGCGCUAUCUGGUGCAGCUGCAGGAAUUGUAACAUCGCCGUUCAAGCGUGAUCUGAAGCUUUCCGCUGAGCUGGGCAUUCAUCCAGAUACCCUGCUCCGUCACAAGACUUCGGUGCAGGCUAUUGCUAGUGGCCAGGUUGAUGGGAUAGUUAAGGCAGAAUAUGUUUCGCUCCCCAUUGACCACAGCAACUCUUCGGUUGGUCAUUACCAGAACCGUUAUUGGGUAUCCGAAGAGAACUACAAGGAGGGCGGACCAGUCUUCGUGUAUGAUGUUGGUGAAGGAACUGCCGAAUCAUCGGCUCAGAGCUAUCUGGGCAAUUCGACUACGUUCUUUUAUCAGUUGGUCAAGGAUUUCGGUGGAAUUGGUAUCGUUUGGGAGCACCGAUACUAUGGGGAUUCUCUUCCCUACGACGUCAGCCCGCACAUGAAGCCUGAGCAUCUCCAGUACCUAAACAACAAACAGGCACUGGCAGAUAUCCCGUUCUUUGCCGCCAACUUCACUCGUGAAAGUUACAGUGAUGUGGACUUGACCCCAAGUGGAACACCGUGGGUCAUGGUCGGAGGCUCAUAUUCCGGCAUGCGAGCUGCGUUCACCCGUCAUUUGUAUCCCGAUACAAUUUACGCCUCCUUCGCUUCCUCCGCUCCCGUGGAAGCCCGGAUCGACAUGAGCGUCUACUUCGACCAGGUUUACGACGGCCUGGUCACGUAUGGGUACUCGAACUGCACCCGGGACAUCCAGGCUGCACUGGAGUACAUCGACCAGCAACUAUCGCACAGUGAAUCGACCGCGGCGUCCAUUAAGCAAAAGUUCUUUGGCGAAGGCGCCGAGAAAAAUAGCAACGGCGAUUUCUCAGCCGCGCUUGCGAUUAUUUACAACUACUUCCAAUCUUAUGGCCUGGGCGGUGGUGCGGGCAGUCUGGGCUCAUUCUGUGAGCACAUGGAGACUGACCCGAAGACUAAUACAACCGCACCCGCGCAAGGAUUCGCCCACAGCCGAGGCAAGAAGUAUGCUGCGGCGCGCUAUGCAUCAUGGCCGGCUUUCACACAACUUGUCAAUAUGAAUUCGAACACGAACUGCAAGAAGCUCGAAGCCAGCGAGCCUCUCUCGUGCGAUUUGUCUCAGCCUUCAUCCGAGCCGGACUCCAUCAGCUGGACAUGGCAGUACUGCACCGAAUGGGGAUACUUCCAGACCAACAACUUCGGACCUCGCUCGCUGCUGUCAAAAUACCAGACACUCGAGUAUGCGCAGGAAUACUGCAACAAGGCCUUCCCCGAAGCUAUCAAGAAAGGUCUGUUCCCCAAACAUCCGCUGGUCGAAGCGACCAAUGCGGAGACCGGCGGAUGGUCUAUUCGUCCGUCCAAUGUUUACUGGAGCGGCGGCCAAUUUGAUCCGUGGCGUACUUUGUCUCCCCUCGCAGAGGGCACUCGGUUAGCCCCGCAGGGUGUGUCACUUACAACAGAGAUCCCCAAGUGCAACGUGGAGACGGAGGAAAAUACGAUUUUCGGCUACAUCAUGCAGAAGGCGGAGCACUGCUUUGAUUUCCGCACGGGCUUUGUACCUGGGGCCAUUUCCCGGGGUUACUUCCACACUGCUCUGACAGAGUGGCUUGGUUGUUUCAAAGCCAAGACACGUUAA